AUGAACGGGUCGAACCCCAAGGCUGUGACCGCGGGGUCGGCGGCUGGGCCCGGGGGGCUGGUGGCUGGAAAGGAGGAGAAAAAGAAGACGGGCGCCGGCGUCCUGAACCGGCUUAAGGCGCGGCGGCAGGCGCCCCAUCACGCAGCCGACGACGGCAGCGGGGCAGCGGUCACCGAGCAGGAGCUGCUGGCGCUGGACACCAUCCGGCCCGAGCACGUCCUGCGCUUAAGCCGGGUCACCGAGAGUUACUUAUGUAAGCCUGAAGACAACGUCUACAGUAUUGACUUCACCCGCUUCAAAAUUCGUGAUUUGGAGACGGGCACGGUGCUCUUUGAAAUCGCCAAACCUUGCGUUUCAGACCUGGAGGAGGAGGAGGAGAGUGGAGACGUGGACAUCAGUGCAGGGCGUUUCGUCCGAUAUCAGUUCACACCAGCAUUUCUCCGCCUCCGCACAGUUGGGGCCACGGUGGAGUUCACAGUGGGAGAUAAACCCGUGUCAAACUUCCGGAUGAUCGAGCGACACUAUUUCCGGGAGCGCCUGUUGAAAAACUUUGAUUUUGAUUUUGGCUUCUGCAUCCCCAGCAGUAGGAACACUUGUGAACACAUCUAUGAGUUUCCCCAGCUUUCUGAGGACGUCAUUCGACUGAUGAUUGAGCAUCCCUAUGAGACCCGUUCUGACAGCUUCUACUUUGUCGACAACAAGCUGAUCAUGCACAACAAGGCCGAUUACGCCUAUAAUGGGGGCCAGUAA